GGGCCAGCACAUGGAUCAGCCGCGGGCCAGCAGCCGCUGUCAGGGUGCAGCUCUGGGAUCCCCCGUCAUGAAUAUUCAGGCGGUCGCUGGCCCGGCCCCGCUGUUUGCUCAGCAGGAGGGGUUGGGUGCCGGUUCACCUUGACGGGGCGGCGGCGGCGGGCACACACCCGCCCGGCAGCCGGGACCCUCGCAGCGCGGGCGAGGGAGGCGCAGGUCCGACGGCGAUGGCCGACAGCCACGGCUGGUGGAAGCUGACGUUCCUGCGGAAGCGCCGCUCGGUGCCCGCGGUGCUGUACGAGAGCCCCGACAGCCACGCUGACGCUGCCGGCGAGAGCCAGGAGGGACCGGGCGAGGAGGGGCUGCCCGGCUUUGCCGCCCGCCUGGAGAAGAUCGUGGACAAGAGCAGCAAGGGCAAACACGUCAAGGUGUCCAACUCGGGGCGCUUCAAGGAGAAGAAGAAAGUGCGGGCGACGCUGGCCGAGAACCCCAACCUCUGUGCCGCCGGCGAGCGGGAGGAGAAAUGACCCCAGCCCAUCAUCGCCCACCGGCUGUCCAGGCUGGCUCGGAUCCAUCCCUCCUUGAGAUGCUGGACACGGGGCUUUGGAAGGAGAAAGGACUCGCACUGGAGUUUACUUCAGGAAGAAGCAGGAUCCUGUUUAGACGUAGCCUCCAGGGGCAGAGGGCGAAGCAGAACGCUGAGCCGGGUGCAUCCUGUGCCCCCUGAGGCUGAUAUGGGUUCGUCCUGGGAUGAGGAUGCUCGCCCCAACCUGGUCGCUGGCCAUGGACCACUGGAUCCCAUCGUUCAUCCAACCCCCUUGAUGCUGGGGACCCCCCGCUUGUCUCCCAGGCCCACGGGGCUGUGUGGCCGCAGGCAGAGCCGCCAACGCUGUGUCCUUGCCGGCAGUCACCCCCAACCGGGGGACGCAACGCUCCCUGCCCCGAAUGAAU